CGCUCAUGAAACUGCACUCGAGAAGUUCAUAUUAGCAUGUAAUUGGAAUUCUUAGUUUCCUGACUCAUUACUGGUAUUCAGCAUGGGCAUUGAGUCGGUGCUGGAAUCAUCAGAAGAUGACAAGACCAGUAUUGGACUAACAAAAAAGGGAAGUGUCCUGCUUGGAGUAUUUGGUGGCUUGUUUGUUGGAGUCUACACAUUAACCGGCCCAUUUCUGGCCCCAGCCCUCAGAAAAAUUUGUUUACCAUUUCUGCCAGCAUCACCUACACAAAUGAGAAAUGUGUUUAAAGCACUUGGCAGCAGAAAGGGAAGCCUAUUGGAUAUUGGAAGUGGAGAUGGGCGAAUUGUGAUCGAAGCCGCCAAAAAUGGUUACAAAGCUUCAGGGAUUGAGUUGAAUAUGUGGCUGGUACUUUAUUCCCGCUUGGCUGCAAGACGAGCAGGCAUGAACACACAGGCUACCUUCAAGCGUCAGGAUCUGUGGAAAACUGAUGUCAGUCCUUACAACAAUGUGGUGAUAUUUGGUGUGAGACAAAUGAUGGAGCCCUUGGAACAAAAACUCGAAAAAGAGUUAGCACAGGAAAGUGUUGUUGUAGCUUGUCGUUUCCGAUUCCCAAACUGGGAGCCAGUCCUGACUCUGGGUGAAGGAGUGGACACCGUCUGGCUAUACAGAAUAAAUAGUCUAUCGCACAGCACCGCUAACACAAAACAGUCUAUCACACAGCACAGCUAACACAAAACAGUCUAUCUCAUAGCACAGCUAACGCGAAACGUAUAACCUCUCACACAGCACAGCUAUCUCAUAGCACAUUUAACACAAAAUAGUCCAUCACAUAGCACAGCUUACACAAAACCGUCUAUCACACAGCACACCUAACACAAAACAGUCGAUCUCAGCACAGUUAACACAAAACAGUCUAUCACACAGCACAGUUAACACUAAACAGUCUAUCACACAGCAUACCUUACACAAAUCAUUUCAAUCUAUAUCUGGAGCAACUUCAUGUGUAUUACUUUAAAUCAUCAUUUGGAUGAUUUCUAGAGCUGAUUGUUCUGUGUAUGCAGGUUUCCUGCUCAUCAGGAUUAGACAGCUUGAUGUACAGCACCAAUGCAGGACCUCCGCUAAAGUCCAGCUUGUGCUGGCUGUUACUGGCUGCAAAGCUAGGCAUAAGUUUUAAUCCACAUCAAUGAUAAAGAAAAUGUAUGACAUUUCAAAAUGGGUAUUUUUUUACUGUGUAAGAUAUUAAGAAGACUGUAAUACUGAACUAAUUUUCAGUAUUCUGAGGCUUUUUGUUUGAGAAAUAAAGAUGUUUUUAUCAAAAUAAA